AUGGGGCAGUUCUUUGGCAGGCCCACGGAAGAGGCGGUGGGGCAAAUGAUGUGGAGCAACGAGUCCAUCGUCAAGCUGGGCUUCGAGUGCGACGACGCGCACUGGCGAAACAUCAUCGAUCGCUCGCUCCUGCGCAACAACGACUUCUUCAGAAGGCGACAAGCUCCUCCGGACCCAGAGGCGCUGCCCACGGCGGAGGAACGGCCCUUGGGCCAGGUGAGGCUUUUGCAACCGCCGGACGUCACACCCCAAGAGGUCCUGAGCAAAUACGCCGUCCUUUGCGAGUACUUGGAGCGGGGUACCCCCGCCCCCCGCAACGCGGUGGGUGGCAUGGGAAGCACGAAGGACCACAAUUUGAAAAUGCCCACCACCUCGCAGCUGCAGAACUGCGCCAAGAACAGCGGUUUGCAGCUCUCCUAUGCUGUGGCUGCUCCCAUGAUCAAGGACCUGGACGACGAGCGGAUGGUGAUGAUCUUCGACAUUUUUGGCACUUCGAUCUCGGGCACCCUCCGUCACUGGUGCUCAGAGCACGACAACUGGUCGGCCCGGACCGCCGAGAGAGCGACAAAACGACCCAAAACACGGAGCGAGCGCCGGAAGCGUGUUUGGAGCAGAGUUUUGAGGGAACGCAGCGCUGGACCCUUAUGGCAUCUCAGGAAUUUCCAGUUUAUAUAUAUAUAUACUAAACGAUUAUCAAAGCCCCCUAGGGUCAAGAAGGUCCUUGGGAGGUGUGCAUGA